CAUACAACUUCAAUAUUAAAAUCCAAUUUGUACAUUAUUUAAUUGUACGCAUUUCCUCCGCAACAUCAUACUAUUUCUUUCUAUCCAUGUUAGACCGAAACACUUUAACCAAAAAAAAAUCAUUCAAUUGCCAUGUCUCCGGUAUUGACCUCCCAAGGUGCAGUCUUGGCCACCGCCGUUGCCGUCUCCGGCACGGUGAUUCUUUUGGCUUUUCGCCUUCAAAAGUCUUCUUCCCCAACAACCCAAUUCUCAAUCAACUUAAUUCCUCGGUCCCCAUCAUCAGUUCCUCGAUCUUGCAUCUCUUCAGAUGGGAAGAAGAGAGAGAAAAAGAAGAAGAGGGUGCACUUUGCAGAGGAUGUGGUGGACCCAACAGGGAACGGUGAGGCGUAUAGGAAGCUGCACAGUAAUAUCCACCACAGUCAAACUUCGCCGGAAAACUCAUCGGCGUUGAAGAACGGUGCGGGAGUCCAAAGGGGAAUGCCAGCGAAUCGGGCGGCUCUGUACAACGGAAUUCUAAGGGAUCGAGUCCUUCACCGGGUGGCCUAUUCACAUUGAGCAUUGACUUUCAACAUGUUCGUUAUGUCCAUAUUCUCUAAUUUACCCUCUAAUUUGUACAAAUCUCAGAUUUCUCUGGAGUUUUUUUAAUCAUGAUUUCUCUUUAGUUUAGUUUCUUUUUUGUGGUUUAACGGUCAGGGUGUCUUCA